CCCAUCCUUUGGCCAUCCAGAUGUGCUCUGGUAGCUUUGCCUUUCUGACAGCAGCUGGAAGUAGUUCCGGAGGUUUAGCAAGCGCACAAGUCCCGGAUGUUAGCUGUCUACACAGGCGAGCGCAGACAGCAGAGAGCCGCGGAGCACCGUUGACAGCAGUACGCGGGACUAUUGUGUCCGUCGGCAAGGAGUAUUAUUUGGGACAAGCGGCGGCAACUACAGCCACGACCGAGGGCUGAGAAAAAACGUCUGCCUAGGUGAAGAAAGAAGCCGAAGUGUGACGAGCGGCGGAACUGUCCUGAUUGAAGUUCGAAGGUGUUCAGUAGUAACUACUCUUCAACAACCAUCAGAACUCCCUGAGAACCUGAACAUGUGCCACAGAAGACCCCAGGGGUUCGGCUCAGCACACACUCCUGCCCUGGGCUGCCGGGACGACUGCCUUUGGGGUUGCCGAGCAACAGAGGUGCAGUAACUCCGUCCAGACCACACACGCCCCUUAAUCACACCCAACUCCUGCACCUCCCCCCGACUCCUCCCCCUGCCUGUGAUUGGCGUGGUCGCCAUGGCGUCGGAGCUGGAGAGCAGCCUCACCUCCAUGGACUGGCUGCCCCAGCUGAGCAUGCGGGCCGCCCUGCAGAAGGUGGAGGGGCAGCAGGGCGGGGGUGGGGGUGGGCGCGGGGGGGUCGGGGGGGCUGGGGGGGGCAGGAAGGCCGGCGGGCCUCUGGACCCCCCCAUGGCAGGGCUGGAGCAGGACGAGAUGCAGCAGCAUAAGGACGGCAAGCCCCCCUACAGCUACGCGUCGCUCAUCACCUUCGGGAUCAACAGCUCGCCCCGCCGCAGGAUGACCCUCAGCGAAAUCUACCAGUGGAUCUGCGACAACUUCCCCUACUACAGGGAGGCCGGCAGCGGCUGGAAGAACUCUAUCAGACACAACCUCUCUUUGAAUAAGUGUUUCCUCAAAGUACCUCGAUCCAAAGACGACCCAGGAAAGGGAUCUUACUGGGCCAUCGACACGAACCCAAAGGAGGACACACUGCCUACUCGCCCAAAGAAGAGACCCCGGUCUGGAGAGAGGGCCUCUACUCCUUAUAGUGUGGACUCAGAGGGUCUGGGGAAGGAGUGCACCUCUCCAACACGCUCCACCAGCUCUCCCGCCAACAAGGUUGGUGCUCAUGUUGACUCUCAGACCUUCAUUGCAUCAGAAAGGGAUAAGCCCCUCCCCUUCCCCACGUCUGACCAGAGUAAACCACACCCCUUCAGUGUGUCUGAGUGUGAUAAGCCCCUCCCCUUUGAUGCGGCUGAGCGAGAUAAGCCCCUCCCCUUCUCAGAUUUCCAGGAUCUCAGUUCUUCUUUCCGCAGCCUCUACAAGUCUGUGUUCGAACAGUCCUACGCUCAAGGUCUGACAAACAUACCGUCUGACUCCCUCCAGAACCGGACCACCUGCACCUACCAACACACACACAGCCCCAAUGCCAACACACACACCCAGAACAACAACAACACACACACACUGCCACACACACUCCAGCUCCAGACCGCACACACCUCUCCGCACACACACCAUAGUCAGCACACACGCUCUCAGCAUUCUAACCAUCACAAUACACACACACAGCAUUCUAAUCAGCAAGCCACACACACUCAGCAUCCAAAUCCACACAACACACACACGCAUCACGCAAACACUAGCACUGCAACACACACACACACACCGCUCUCCUCAGCUCACCCCUCCUACUCUCAAGCCCAGGGGCAACACACAUCCCACAAUGCACCUCACCACGGGUCGCACUCUUCCCAGCGUCCUCCACUGCAUCCCCCCCACUCUCAGCAGCAGAUGCCCUGCAGCGGCCCUGGCUCUGACUGGUAUUCUGACCUGGAUACUCUGAAGGAGAGCUGUAAAAUCGCCAGCAGCUUCAACUGGGCCGAUGUGGACCUCUCUCCUUUUCAAGGUCUAAGGGAGAGCAUGCGUCAAGCGGAGCAGAGUAACUGGGAUCUGGCUCCUGCUCAGAUAGCGGACCUCUGCUCCUCCAUCAACCAAUUCCUGUCCACCACCGGAGUUAUCCCCGCCCUCCCCACAUGCCAGGCCCCGCCCACUGGCCUCGCCCCGCUGCAGCACAGCAAGAGCAGCUCACACAUGAGCUCAGGGUCAGGUCAUGCGUAUGAGGAUGGUCAGGGGUUGUCCUGUAUGCUCGGGCCUCAAGGCUAUUCUCACCUGGCCUCCGUGGGUACCGCUGCCACCAUGCCAGGUGUGGGGCAGCAGCAGCAGCAGAUGAUGUCCGCUGGAAACUUCUCUCUACGGCGCCCCCCAGCAGAAGACAUCCAGGACGACUUUGACUGGGACUCUAUCGUUUGAAUCAGGGGUCAGGGUUCAGGGGUUAGAGGUCACCCCCACUGGGACUCUAUCGUUUGAAUCAGGGGUCAGGGGUUAGGGGUCACCCCCACUGGGACUCUAUCGUUUGAAUCAGGGGUCAGGGGUUAGGGGUUAGGGGUCACCCCCACUGGGACUCUAUCGUUUGAAUCAGGGGUCAGGGUUCAGGGUUCAGGGGUCAUCCCCACUGGGACUCUAUCGUUUUAAUCUUUGGGGGCAUCCUUCGAGUGGCGCGGGGGGUCACCCCCACCCCCACCCCCUGUACUCACAUGGGAUAACUCCUAAUCCUGUCACAGAGAAGCUGCCGCUGCUGUGACAUCAGUGCCAAGACCCCGC